CUAAACAAUUGCACGUAAUUACUGUACAAGACAAAAGCAAUUUAUUAUUUAACAUCAAAUAUAAUUCGUUCAAUAUUUUUAGCCCCCUCCAUACUCUAACAAUUCAGUGUAAUAAAGCGUGAUUGUAUCUAUGACGCUAGACGACUUUAAUAAGUUAAAUCGUGACUUCCGCCAUGUUUGAGCUUUAGUAUCUCAUCAACGGUUUAAGUGUGAAGACAUUGAGUUAGUGCGAACGUUACUGAUAACACGUUUAAACUAAAGCCAUGCCGAAAGAAGAAAUCUUAUUGACUCCUGGUCAACGAAUAAAACCAACAGUAGAUACUAGUUUGGCGAUAAAUCUCGUUAAUAAACUGUACAGCCUAACGGUAACAAGUGUAACGGAAUUAAAUUCCUACGACGAUAAGAAUUUUCACGUAAUAUGCAAAGCGACACAUGAGAAUCCAUGGAUCGAUCAAAUCGCAGAAGAUGGAUACGUCCUAAAGAUAAUGAACUCGUUGGAUUCGAGAAAUACAGAAAUAAUCCAAGGACAAAAUCAGCUGAUGAUUUUCCUCAAUGAUAACGAUCUAACCUGUUCGCAUCCCGUGAAGAAUAUCAAAGGUGCGUACUACUCGUUAGAGACUCUUGAAGAAGAUAAAGAAAAAUACGCAGUGCGACUUCUCGUGUAUCGACCUGGCAUUUUGUUGUGUCGUGCAACAAUGACUGCUGAGUUACUGAGAAAGGUUGGAAGUCUUGCUGGGAAUGUCGAUGAACUUUUAAAGAAAUUUCAUCAUCCGGCUUACGAAAAUCAUAAAACGCUCUGGAUGUUGACAUCCUUGCCGCGACUGCGUGAGUUCAUUUACGUCAUUGUGAAUUCUGAGGAUCGACAGCUGGUGGUCGAGGUGAUUGAAAAAUUUGAAAAUGACGUUCUAAAUCGUAUAGAUGAGCUUGACAGAGGAAUAAUUCACGGAGAUUUAAAUGAACAAAAUAUCCUCGUGAACGAGAACGGGAAGGAUAUUGUUGCUGUUAUAGAUUUUGCCGAUACUCAAAAGUCGUGUCUUGUCUUCGAAUUAGCUAUAGCUACGUGCUACAUGAUGCUGCACGCUCAAGAUCUGGCAAUGGGACGUCACGUUUUAAAAGGAUACCAGGAAGUACGGGAUCUUAAUAAAAUGGAAAAAAGUAUACUAAAAGUAUGCAUAUGCGCGAGAUUCUGUCAGAGUCUUGUAUUGGGUGUUUAUACAUAUCUUAACGAUCCGCAGAAUGAGUAUUUAUUGAUAACGCAAAAGAACGGUUGGAAGUUGUUAAAAAAAUUGUGGAACAUGAACGAUGACGAAGUAAGAGAAAUUUGGGAUCUUUCUUAUUGAUAAUGUCAGGUUUGAUUGUUACAGAGGAUUUGAUGGAGAAUAUAAACGUAGUCAAGAAAGGAAACUUACCGAAUGAAAAUGUUAUUAUAUAGAAUUUCGGUAAAAUAAGUAAAUAAAAGCUCUUGAGAAUCAAGAGAAGCGAAUAAACUCGAGAUUUUCGACUAACAAUGGAACCUCGAUUGUUAACAAAUUUUCGCCGAUUAAUUUCUUAUUAACAAAAUAUUAUAUUACAAUACCUCAAUAUUUUAUUGCUUAGUCUAUUGGUUUUUUUUUUCCUUUCUUUUUUUUCUUUUAUGUUCGACCAAUCAGGGGCGUACAUUAUAUAUAAUAUAUAUUUCUUUAUAUAUUUAUAGGCGUAUAUUUUCUUUAUUCUUUUUAGUGUCCCUCGCGUUAAUCGUAUCCACACUAUGUUCUGUCAUUACGUAAAUGCAACUUACGCGUAGGUCCGGUAGUCGUAGAAGCUUAAAGAUCAACUUAUAAAAGUUAUUCUGACAAUAAAGAGAAUAAAAAUGUAUCGAUAACAAUGAUAA